AUGCGAUCCCGACCUGUAUUCCUUCGAGCAUUAAAAAUCCAGCAACAGCCCAUCCUUCGUCCUAGAGUAUUACCUCGCUCCGCCACCCUUCCCCUCUCCCUUCGACCGCUCUCCACCUCUUCUCGAUUAUUGGAAGAAGCCAAACAGCAAUCGAAAGAGAAUCAGAAGAAACGACCACCACCUGAAGAUAAUGCUCCUCCCCAAUCACCUUGGAAGGUCUUUACCCAAGUGCUGAAAGAGGAGAUAGAGAAGAAUAAAGGAUGGCAAGAUAAUGUCAAACAGUUACAGGGUGAUGUGGAUAAGAUGGCGGAUAGUGCUGCUAUGAAGAGGGCUAGAGAUCUGUAUGAGAAGACCAGGAUCACCAACUUGAUCAAGAACAAUCCCCGAAUUCAAGCUGCAGUAGGCGACCUUCAAAAAGCUGGUAUAUCGGUACAUGAUGCUGUCCAACAUGCUCUUCGAGACUCGGAAGUUCUCAAAGCCAUCUCAGCCGCGACAUCGAGGUUCGUUUCGGCAGCUACGAGCGCUACUCAACCUAUCAGGGAUACCAAGACGUAUCAGGUUAUAGCUGAAUCGAUAGAAGAUGCGUUUGACGACACUACCGGUAUGAGCAGUAGGUAUGGAGGGUAUGAGGAGAAAGAGGCCAGAAGGAAAAAGAGGGAAUUAAGAGCUAUAAGAGCUGCGAAAGCUGGGAAGAAGGUUGUCAAGAAGGUUGAGGAGAAUCCAGAAGCCGGUGAAGCCCUAGUACUCUCCGACCGACCCGAGCCAGUCUCUCGAUUCGGCUUUAUCAAAGAAUCGCCAACUUACCAACGAUGGUUGGAAACAUACUACGAAUCGGAUUCACCAUUCAUUAGUGCCCUCCGAACGGUCGGGUCGAAAGUCGGAUCCUUAUUCGAAGAGAACGAGACUGCUCAAGUGAUAAAAGCAAUGAAAGAGAUUGACCCCUCGUUCAGGAUGGAUAGCUGGACUGGAGAACUGAGAGAAUAUAUCGUACCUGAAGUGGUAGAUGCUUAUCUGAGUGCGGAUAGGGAAAGUUUGAAACAGUGGUGUGGAGAAGCUACUUUCAAUGUACUGUGGGCGACUAUGGGUCAAUAUAUCAAGCAGGGGUUGGUAUCGGAUAGUAAGAUUUUGGAUAUAAAGCAUGUUGAUGUAUCAUCAGGUAAAAUGCUUGAAAACAACGUACCUGUAUUCGUCAUAACUUUCGCUACUCAAGAGCAACUUCUGUUCAGAUCAGCUAAAACGGGUGAAGUGAUUGUCGGAUCGGAGAGGGAUGUGGAACAAUGCAGAUAUGCUAUGGUGAUCACAAGAGUGGAGAAAGAGUUGGAGAAUGAAUUGACGGGUGGAUGGAAGGUUGUUGAGAUGGCCAGGAGAGGUGCUAAAGGCGGUUUGUAA